UACCCUCCUAGUGGGUGUUUGAAACUUUAUAUUAUCUACCAUGCGUUAAUAAUUAAAGGCAUGCUCUGAACGGACUUUUCACAAGGUUGUGACCGUGAGCCUGGGAGCGGAGGGACCACGGCCAGGAAAUGGCAUCUUUCACACACGCCAGCUUUUGUAUGUGUUGAAAUAAAAGCAAGACAACAAGGGAAUUGAACUGGUCCCUACCAACCGAACAGACCUCUUACGUCCCAAUUAGUCCCAAGAUUAGCAGUAGCUAAUCAUUCUUAGGAAAGUGCGGUGCAACAUGCAUUUUUUUUUUUCCCCCUCUCACUUUUCAGCCCAAGAAUCAAACCAUGCACACAAACAGAAAAAUGUAAAAAGGAUUACAAAAAAAAUAGGGUUCUUGAGAUGACAGCCAUCCAGAUGCCUUUCGAACGAAGUCCCAAUGGAUUGAAAAGAGAAAUUAGUGCAUAUCUUGUACCCAUGAUUGAAUUAAAGGGCUAACCAAACCAAUCCAUUUCUUCAGCCAACAGUCUGACCUGGCUGGUGGCAACAAAAAAGCCUUUGAGAGAGAGGAGUAAUGACAAGAGCCUAGAGAGACAGAAGAGGCUUUUGGUGACUUUUAAUCAUUAAAAAGGAACAGGAAAGGAGUAAUUCCAGCUAUGUAUUAAUUAAUCUCAGGGACACCUGAGGUCUUUGAAAAGGGGAGAGAGAGAGACAUGCAUCUCAUUGGCUUGCAAGGCUCAUGGAGAGAACUCAGUGAAGUGACACUUCUCUAGUCUUUCCCUCCCUUCUUCCUCUUCCCCACAACCCUCCCCUUCCUCCUACCAACCCACAUUGCUCAGUUUUCUUCCCACUGAUGUGACUGGAAAGAUUAUAAGAAUGCUGCCUUGCAGGGUUGCUUCUGUGAACGCUCCCAUCUCUUCCUGAGAAGAGAAGUGAACCCAUCUCUCUCUCUCCCCCCAAGGUGGAAAUGAGGAGGAAUGGGUGGCAGCUUCCUUACCAUCCUCUUCAGGUGGUGGCAAUAGCUGUUUUUCUGGCACUGGCGUUUUCUUUCUACGUAUUCUUUGCUCCCUUUGUGGGAAAGAAGCUCUUUGAGUAUGUCAUUAUUGGGCUCUACACUCCAUUGGUGACAUGUGUCUUUGCUCUGUACAUCUGGUGUGCUGCCAUAGAUCCUGGGGACCCGGGAUAUUUCAAGUCAAAGAAAUAUCUUAAUAUAGAAGACAAUGGAAAGCAGAUUCAUCCCAAGAUAUCUAGAGAAGGAGCUGAAUUAAUUUCCUCAAUUAAUGAAGCACAUCCUACAACAGUAACAGGAGUUAAACCGCUUGAUAAGGACACUCAUGCUGAUGAUACUGGGGGAAAAUUAUCUGACAGACUUGAAAAGAAAAAACCAUCUUGUUUUAGUAUGCAUUUUUCAAUGGUUUUGUUCAGCCGGUGCCGUCUUUCUUUUGUAUGUAACCAGUGCCAUUCGCAUGAUCAUUCUUCUGUGCAGCAGACAAGUGAGGAUGGCAUGUUUUAUUGCACCCUUUGUGAAGUUGAGGUGUUCAGGCAUAGCAAGCACUGCCGAGUUUGUGACAAAUGUGUUGACGACUUUGAUCAUCACUGCAGGUGGCUUAACAACUGUAUAGGCAGAAGAAAUUAUCGAAAGUUCUUCAUUCUCAUGCUUUCUGCACUCGUUCUGCUUAUUCUACAGUGGUCAAUAGGAGUACUUGUGUUGAUUCUUUGUUUUAUCGAGCGGAAGCAAUUUUCUGUAGAGAUAGCCUCAAAGUUGGGAAGCAGUUUCUCUCCAGUACCAUAUACUGUGGUGGUGGGUUUUUGCACCUUCUUAGCAAUGGUUGCCACUUUGCCACUUGCUCAACUUUUCUUCUUCCAUGUUCUUCUGAUUACAAAGGGAAUCAGCACAUACGAUUAUAUCAUAGCCUUGAGGGAGCAGGAGCAGCAGGGUGUUGAUGGUCAGCAGAGUCCUCAAAUGUCUCCAGGCAGCUCUCUUACUGGACUGAGCACUGCUAGUUCCUUCAGCACAUUUCGUGGUGGUGCAUGGUGCACUCCUCCACGGUUAUUUGUUGAGGACCAGUUUGAUGUUAUUCCUCCAGAAAUUGGCAUGUCCAGAAGUUCUUCCAGAAUGAGGAUGGCAACAGAAGAGUCAACCAGGAAAAGGAAUGCUGCAAGUGUGAAAAUCAGCCCAUGGAUCUUGGCAAGACUGAAUGCUGAAGAGGUUUCAAAAGCAGCUGCACAGGCAAGGAAGAAGUCUAAAAUCCUGCAGCCCAUUGGAAGACUAGAGGUACCACUGGGGCAAGAAAAAGAUAAUAGCUUUGGCAGUGGCAGCGAACGGAUGGUUAUGAGGACUGACAACCGUAGAAGGGCUAACAAGAGAGGUAGGAUGUCCAAUGACAUCCCUCUGGAACCCCUUGCAAAAGCUGCCAGUGCUCCUGGGAGUAACUCCAGUGACCUGGCUCCAGAGACAUCCCGCAGUUUGGCACCUCUGCAGCUUGAAGCGAGGAAUGCUUUCUGGACAAGCCAAGACAUGUUAUCUACUAGGAUGGUUGCAUCUUCUCCGGAUAGCAGUUUGGGUUCACCAGAUCUCCAUCCGUUCCAUGUGUCUUCCUCUGGAGCUGAAGAAGAACAGGUCCCGAAAUCCUUCUCCACAUGUGCUGUUGUCCAAAAGGGAAUUCAGAUCUCAAUAUCAAGUGAUGGGUAUGAAGCAUCCGGUGGUGAAGACAGUGAUCGGUUUCCAUCCAGAAUUGUAAAUAGAUCUGUUACUAACCCGAUCUUCAACUCAGGUCAGGGCGACAUUGUAGAUGAAUUAGAAGUACCAUCCUUGGCAGGCCUGGAAUCUGACGAGCAACACUUUGAUCAAAUAUAAUGACUGAGGCUUAUAUGUUUCAUUGCAUUAGGAGUGAACAUCAUGGCAUCACUUUCAAGUCAUAUUCUAUUCUUCCUGAAAGCAGUCAAUUUAGUUGGUGACUUGAUCACCAUUCUGGCCUGAGAUUUUGAAGAAAAUUGUUCUCUUUAGAGGUAACUACUCUGGUCGUAUGUAGGGUUAUCUGGCUUAGAAGUUGUGAUAAAGACUGAUGAAUGGUUUGCUAUGUUCAAUCUUGAAAUUAGCAGUUAUUUUCUUGUCUUUCCUGUACUCUGUUUUAUGCCUUUGUUUCCUGCUGUAACCCAAAAAUUUAUUGGCUCAUCUGUUGCUUUCUGUUAUUAAGGACAUGAAUUCAUAGAAAUUUUUUGUUGGCAUUCCAA